UAAUUAUUCCUAAAAUUGCUCGACAGAUUAAAUUUUUAUUGUUUCGGUUGAUAAACACACGAAAAAUAGGUGAUUUGUGAAUUUUAUAGAGCACCUGAUUCAAAAGGCGUCGAACUACUGCUUGGCGAUGGAUCAGCAAAAUCCCAAAUUUAAAAUAGAGAACGAAGUAGCAGAAUACUUUGAGAUCAAUGAUGCUGAAACAGAAAAUUGCGCUUCUACUGCAUUACAACACGCUCCAAACAUAUACCAACAGACAAACACAAAGGCGUCGAACUACUGCUUGGCCAUGGAUCAGCAAAAACCCAAAUUUAAAAUGGAGAACGAAGUAGCAGAAUACGUUGAGAUCAAUGAUGCUGAAGCAGAAAAUUGCGCUUCUACUGCAUUACAACACGCUCCAAACAUAUACCAACAGACAAACACAAAGGCGUCGAACUGCUGCUUGGCCGUGGAGCAGCAACAUCCCAAACUUAAAAUCGAGAACGAAGUAGCAGAACACGUUGACGUCAAUUAUGCUAUCCAGAUAAAGAAAGAGGAAAUCGAAAUAACGGAUGCACAGAUUAAAACAGAACCCGGACUGCCGAUUGACGAUAGCGUUAGCUGUAAGAUCUGUGGCGAAGUAUUCCCGUUGCAAAGUCUGCUCGACAAUCACCAACUGAUUCACGCGAAGCCAUUAAACCAGUAUAUUCGUUACGAAGGGAAAAGAAAAAUUUACAUAUGUGAUAUGUGUGGAAAGGAACAUCGCUCGCGCGCGCGGCUUAAUCAGCAUAAGAUGGUUCACAAUACAGAAAAACCUCACAUAUGUGACAUAUGUGGAAAAGCAUUCCGCACAAUCAGCCACCACAACGGACAUAGGAGAACUCACACGGAAGAGAAACGAUUCUCAUGUGAAACGUGUGGAAAGCAAUUUCGUUUACGCACCCAGCUCAGAAUACAUUCGUACAUUCACUCAGAAGUGCAACGUUACACCUGCGAAUUCUGUGGGAAGGGAUUUUCUAUGCCGAGCGGUCUAGCUGUCCACAAACGAAUUCACACGAACGAAGCACAAUUUCUCAGCUGCGAUAUUUGCGGAAAAGGUUCAUCGUCGCGUAGUAAACUUGCAUCCCACAUGCGAAUACACACCAACGAAAAACCUUACAAAUGUGACCUUUGUGGAAGAGACUUUCGUACGCGCUGUCAGCUAGCAGCGCACGCGCUUGUUCACAGUGAACAGAAAAUGUACGACUGCGACCUGUGCGAUAAACAUUUCAAAUCUCGUUAUGCUUUAACACGCCACUUCGUAGUUCACACCAAUGAAAGACCGUUCAGAUGUGAGAUAUGCGGGAAAGAAUUCCGUGAAAGUAGCGUCCUGAAAAACCAUAUGUAUAUUCACACAGGGGAAAGACCUUUCGUCUGUGAUGUGUGUGGAAGAGGAUUCAGUUUUCGCUUUUCUCUCUACUCUCACAAGUUGGUUCAUUCGAAUGAAAAAACAUUAAAAUGUGACACGUGUGAGGAAAAGUUUAGAACUCCAGUGUCUCUCAAAAGACACAAAUUAAAGUGUUGUGUUCAAGACACGAUCGCUAUAGUAUAGCGCUUUGUACCAUUUACACGAUACAUCAAUCUUCCGUUAUCACCGACCGGAUCGUCAAAAUUCCCACAAUAUUUUUUCCAGUAAACGGUAAGUUACGGGGGGUAGCUCAGAACAAAGUUUCAAUAGCCAGUAUCUAUUUAAAACCGCCUUUCCGUAUGCUGGGAUACGUUUAUUUCGUUUUUGAAUCCGAGGCGGAGCGGGUUCGCUCUAAUGUUCACGAAGCCAAUAUACGGCCUAUAAUCGCAAGUCAGUCCUGUGUAGCAUUUACAUUGCAAGAAGUCCCAUAGAAUAUGGGAUUGACUUGUGAUUAUGGGUAGUAUACUGCAAUACAAUUUCGAGAAAACCUACCUUGAUGCGUGUUCCAAACUGAAAUUAGUAUUAUUUACAUUCUGUCUCUAUGGACUUCUUGCAAAUUAAUGUGUUAAAUUUAUCCUGAUGGUUCAAAUACGUUCUGUUCCGACGACAGAAGCCAAUGUAUCGUGUGAAGCACACUUUAUAUCGAAUAACUAUCGAGUAAGUAACAUCGUCCACUAAUGACUAAUGAAUUUUAUCUUAUCUGAACAAGGUGCCUUAUAUAUGAAAAAAGGAAGAACUUUGUUAUUUAUACGGGAGAUGCACAAUAUUAGGACAGUGCUUCUUAGUUAUUUUUUUCACUUUCAAAGAGCGUUCAAUUGCUUGAUGGUUAUAUAUUGAAAGUUUCGUUAAGCGACAUUUUAAUUUUUUAGUUUGAAACAGUUAUUUUCAGCACAUCAGUAAAAUAAACUAGAGGUUGGUUAUAUCAGGGACGAUAAAUGAGGAUCUCCUUGCUGAUAACAGGAAAAUCUUCAAGAUCAUCAAUAAAAUUUGAAACAUGUGCACUUAAAUAAAAAAAAAAUUAAAAUGAAAUGCCAAUAUCACAGCCGCAAACGAUAUAGGGUGUAGAGUACUGCCACUAAUAACAGACAUUUAGGCUAGAACAAAAUCUUUUUAAAACACUUAAAUUGAUAAACGUUGAUUCGAACAAAGUUCAUUCGGUUCAUCUUGUGGGGAUCUGAGGGAACCAACCAACAAAUAAAGAUGUCAAAAAGCGAGAAGCCGAAGAUACGCACUAAACAAGCCAAAACUGGAACGUACAGUAGGAUAUUCAAAUGAAGGAACAACGCGGUAAGAAAACUAAACUGAAAUAUGUCAGUCGUAAGUAAACAGAUGACGAAAACAUCAGAAAUGGUAUAAAAUGCAUAUAAGGCACAAUUGAACAAGCUUAUUUUAUUCCUUUCUAUUUCAGGCACUCACUAUAACUGGCCAUCCAUUAAGGUCUAUAAAUGACAAAAAAAAUCAAUCGUAUGAAUAAUUGUCCCGAGGUUCACGAGAUUCGUUAAGCAUAUGGGACAUUUGCGCGAAAACAGCAGCAAAUAUCAAGCAUCAAAAAGUUCUGGUGAGUCCGUUCCAAAUAGAAACAAUUAGAGUAAAACAACGACACUUAGGGACAGCCUUGGAGCUGAAAAUAGUGAUAAUAGUAAUGACAGUGGUGGUCCACGAGAAUACACGGUGAGACCAUUCGGAGUUCGGCCCGAGGCUCUGAACGAUGUCCGUGCGGCCCCGGCCUGGAUAUUGCAGCCAAACCCAACUGUCGGUUUCAGUAUCGGCUGCUGCGUCUGGGCGAUUUAGCAUCAAAAGGCUGAAAAUCAAAAGGCCGAAAAACAUAAGGCGAAAUUUCAAAAGGCGAAAAUUCAAAAGGCCUAAUGCUAAAAAGGUCGAAAAAUCAAAUGGCCGAAAACUUAAAAGGCGAAAACACAAAAAGCCGAAAACCCAAAAGGCCGAAUCUCAUAAGGCAAACUUUUUUUUUAUUAUUCGAUUAUUUCACAUUCCUGAUUGAAAAAUCGCCUCAAAUUUGAGUAAAUUGAGUAAUCGGGCAGAACGCACGUUUCCGCACGAAACAUUUCCAAUACAAAAGGAUUAAUGCUCUAAAAAUCCACAAAAUCCUUUGUCAAAAUGUGCAUUCAUUGCGAUUUUAAUUCAGAUUCAAAGAAUGCUCGAAAGAAGGAAUCAUCCCCUAUGUUUGAGUAAACCGGGCAGCCGAAGUGAUCACAAGUGUGCGUGCAAGAGUUAUUUGGCAUACAGAUUCAAAGAACAGCUCAUAUUUGAAAGAAGAAAUCAAUCCCUAUGUUCGAGUAAUCCGGGAAUACGAACAGUUAUGCAGUUGUAAGCAGCUGGCAUGUAGCUCAAAUGUUUGAGCAUAAGCAUAACCUAAAUAUUUACCUAACUUUAAAUGAGUUUGUUUACCAAUAGUACUAUAGUAUAGUACUUCUGACGGCGGGUCGGCGGCCACUUCGCCCGGCGGAUCCUCAGCGGCUUCGGAUUCUUGGCCUCGGUUAUGCGGCAAAGCCGCAUUACACUAGCUUCGCCCCAAGUGCUAGAGCAGUGUAACAACCGAUGGUUGAAUAGAUAUAUGUAAGUUCAUUCAAUAAAUCAUCGUUUGAAAAACUUAGCGAAAUUCACAAAUGAUGAAGUAUUUGAUUCGAAAGAACUGCUCAUGUUUAAAAGAAGGCAAAAUCAGUUAUAAAAUGUAUCCACUCGAAAUAUAAUCAAUAUCAGGUAAUGGAUAAUAACACAUUAUUAUCAUUGCUUAGUGCAGCUUUAACGUUAACGUUAUGCCAAAUCCAUAAUGCGAAAUGACCUUAAACCAAAUGACUACGCCUAAUAACCCGCUCCUCCAUUUAACACGUGGUUUAUAUUUUUACUCACCAUGAGAUUUUCCACUCCA